GAGUGACCCGGCGAGCCACGAACUUCAUUCCCUGCUCUGUGUCAGGAUCGCAGAAAUUAUGUCCCUUCUCUCACCAUGAGCUGGCUCUCCAAUUCCCAGGCAGUUGUGCUCACUGCCUACCACCCCAGCGGCAAGGACCAGGCCCUGGGGGGGAGCCAUGGCAAGGGCGGGGAGGAAGCCGCCUCGAGUAGAAGAUAUGGCCAGUAUACUAUGAACCAGGAAGUCACCAAAGUCACAGAAAGACCUCCAUUUGAUCGAUCAGGUUCCCAGGAUUCUUUGGAUGAACUCUGUAUGGAAGCUUAUUGGACUGAACUAGAAAAUAUCAAGAAAUCUCAUGAGAACAGACAAGAUGAUCAACAGGUGGUCAUUGUCAAAGAGCCUGAUGAGGGAGAGUUGGAAGAAGAGUGGCUUAAGGAGGCCGGUUUGUCCAAUCUCUUUGGAGAGGCUGCUGGAGAUCCCCAAGAGAGCAUGGUGUUUUUAUCAACGCUGACCCGGACGCAGGCGGCAGCUGUUCAGAAACGAGUAGAGACAGUCUCCCAGACCUUGAGGAAAAAAAACAAACAGUACCAGGUCCCUGACGUCAGAGACAUAUUUGCUCAACAGACAGGGUCAAAAGAAAAGGAGGCUCCAGAUGGCACAGAAUCACAAUCAGUCAGAACAGAUGAAAACAAAUACCGAGGAAAAGAUGACCAGGCAUCUCACCUAGGUGUUGGUGGAAAGGAGCUAACCCCACUGGUGCCCGAAGGGGCACCUGCCUCUGAAACAGACAUCAACCUGGAGGUAUCAUUUGCAGAACAAGCUGUCAGUCAGAAAGAGAGCUCCAGAGAGAAGAUCCAGAGGAGCAAAGGUGACGAUGCCAUGUUACUGACUUACAGAGUGCCAAAGGACAAAACAGGCACCACCAGGAUUGGUGACCUAGCGCCCCAGGACAUGAAGAAAGUUUGCCAUUUGGCCCUAAUUGAGCUGACUGCCCUCUAUGAUGUCUUGGGUAUUGAACUGAAACAACAGAAAGCUGUGAAAAUCAAAACAAAAGAUUCUGGCCUUUUUUGUGUCCCAUUGACAGUAUUGUUAGAACAAGAUCAGAAGAAGAUACCAGGAACUCGAAUACCCUUGAUAUUUCAAAAAUUGAUUUCUCGCAUUGAAGAGGGAGGUUUGGAAACCGAAGGUCUCUUAAGAAUCCCUGGAGCUGCUGUUCGAAUCAAGAAUCUUUGCCAAGAACUAGAAGCUAAGUUCUAUGAAGGGACUUUUAAUUGGGAAAGUGUCAAGCAGCAUGAUGCCGCCAGCCUGCUGAAGCUCUUCAUCCGGGAGCUGCCCCAGCCGCUGCUCAGUGUAGAAUAUCUCAAAGCUUUCCAGGCUGUCCAGAAUCUUCCAACCAGGAAGCAACAACUACAGGCUUUGAACCUUCUUGUCAUUCUCCUGCCCGAUGCAAACAGAGACACACUCAAGGCCCUGCUUGAAUUUCUCCAAAGAGUCGUAGACAAUAAAGAGAAAAAUAAGAUGACAGUCAUGAAUGUAGCAAUGGUCAUGGCCCCAAAUCUCUUCAUGUAUCACACAUUGGGUUUGAAGUCCGGCGAACAGAGAGAAUUUGUAAUGGCAGCCGGGAUAGCUAAUAUCAUGCACUUACUGAUUAAGUAUCAAAAACUCCUGUGGACAAUUCCCAAGUUUAUUGUCAACCAAGUGAGGAAGCAAAACACGGAAAAUCAUAGAAAAGAUAAAAAAGCCAUGAAGAAAUUGCUGAAGAAAAUGGCUUAUGAUCGAGAAAAAUAUGAAAAACAAGAUAAGAGUGCAAAUGAUGCUGACGUUCCUCAGGGAGUGAUUCGAGUACAAGCUCCCCAUCUCUCGAAAGUUUCCAUGGCAAUACAGCUAACUGAAGAACUCAAAGCCAGUGAUGUACUUGCCAGGUUUCUCAGCCAAGAAAGUGGAGUUGCCCAGACUCUCAAGAAUGGGGAAGUUUUUUUGUAUGAAAUCGGAGGAAAUAUUGGGGAACGCUGCCUCGAUGACGACACUUACAUGAAGGACUUAUAUCAGCUCAACCCCAGUGCUGAGUGGGUUAUAAAGUCAAAGCCGUCAUAGAAGAUUUAAGCUGAAGAUAGACAUAAGGUCUCCCUUAAUCAUACUUGCUGGGUCAAGAGUGUAAACAAAAUAAAUGGUGGGACUCUUAUUGUUCAGAUAUACCCUACUCUUGAAUAGUCACACACUGAGCCUUAAUAAGUUCUAGAUUUGUGCUGCUGCCAGAUUAUGUUAGUUAUUAUUAUUCACAUUAGAAAAAAAUCUCUGGAGUGAGAAGAAAGGCGCUUAAUUAGCUUGCAGGCUAUUUUCAUCCACUCCAUGGAAUGUGUCCAGAUGCGACAUCCUUUUUUAAUAUGAAAAUAUACUCUGUUCCUGCUCUCUUUCUGUUCUGAAACGAUGUAUACAAUAAUAAUGUGGAUUUUCACCCUUCUCUCCUCCUGACGCCUGCCUUCCCCCAGAUGGGUUUGUUUUUCAACUGGAAAGGUAACCGGGAUCAGGUAUGGCAAGAUGUGAAGAUAGUACCUCUGGAAACAGACUGAGUUCAGCAAUAUUUCUGUCUCUAUCGUACAUUAAUAUUCAUCUCUUUGAGUCAUUUGUUCAGACAGUGGCAUCCCACUUCUUACUGCUGUAUCACAUGAAGAGACUUGCAUUUUUUUUCAGUUCAGCUGACAUAUGUGCUCAGAACUGUAUCCAAUAUCAAGAAAAUAGAACUGUCAGAAACUGCCAAUUAUUACUGCACUGUUUGAGACUUACGUACUCAGAAUAAAUAAAAUAUAUCCAUGUGGAAUAACUGGAUUAUGGAUAAUGAGAGAGUGGAAGAUCAUUUCGUGUAUGCUGUAGUCUCCUAAAUGAAAUUUAAAAAGUCGUAGCUGGCUUUCCCUAUUGUCGUAUUAGCAGCACAAAUACGUGCAGUGGUGUGAUCCCGUCAUUGUUGAGAAUGUGUUCUGCUGAAAGAGGAAUCUUUUUUUUUUUUCUUUUUACUCAUAAAUGAGUUGCAGGAAGAAUUAUUCUUCUGAGUAUGACACCAUCAUAUGAACAAGCUUUUUCUGGUGUACUUAUUUUAGUCAGAGCAAAUUUAUUAAAAUGCUGUGGGAAGACCAUUCCCAGAGAUUUUAAUGCACAAACCAUAUUAUGAUAAGAGAUGAACCUCCAUACUGUAAAUAAGAGGAAUGAAGUGAGAGAGAAAUGUUCCAUAUUUUAUGAGUUUAGAGUGUAGUGAAUAAAAGUGAUGUACAUGAAUGUUGCACAAACUGUGUUUAUGAUACUUUUUAGUAGGACUUUAGGAAACAUUGUGCAUUCUCAGAAGCUCUUGAUGUCACUCUAAUUAGGAGGGGAAAAUGCUGCUAAUGAGAACCGUCAAAUUUUUAAUUUUUAAUUAAGAGCAGCCUGUGGAUAUGAUCACUUAAAUACCUUUGUGAUGAUUUGUGCCAUUGCUUUUUUAUUUAAAAAUUUUUUUUAUAAUUAAAUGCAUUUUUCUAAAUUA